AUGGACAACUACUGGCACCGCGACUGCAUCAAGUGCGCCAAGUGCCACGUCAAGAUUUUUGCGUUCGAGGGUAUUGAGUGGAGGACAACUCCCGAUCAGCGGCCGAUCUGCAUCGACUGCCACCUCGACGACACGACGCCGCCGUGUGCCGGCUGUAAGAAGCCGGUGGGUGCGCACGCGUGGAAGGCGCUCGGCGACCAUUGGCACCAUGGAUGUCUGACGUGCACCGGGUGCUUCAAGCCGUUUCCCGAAAACAAGUUCUACCUGCACGAGGACCGCCCGUACGACAUUGACUGCUACCACAUCAAGGUGCUCGGCAAGAAGCUCGAGAAGCAGAAGGAGCUGACGGUGGCCGGGUGGCUGCGUGACGGCAAU